CUGACAGUUUUUCUAUCGCAAGUGAAAUCUUUCGUCAUGGCACUGAAGUUUGUGCCGAUUGCGUUAGGUGUGCUGCAAAUUGUUGCAGCAUUACCGGCGAUAACAUUGCAGGAUUUGGAACUGGCUGAUGAUACGAUGUCAGUCGGUUCGUACAUUCGGGAAGUGAGAGCUGCUGCGCCACAAGACUACCACAAAUCUUACGAGCGCGAUGGCGAUGGUGAAAUCGGCUACUCCAGAAAGAAGUCGGGCGGUGGUAAGAAGGGAUACCAGCACUUCGAUUCAUACCACAAGAAGGCCGGCGACAACUACGAGUUUGAGAAGCAGGACUCUUUCGGCCACGACGACGAGGGCCAAGACGGGGCCUAUAGCCACCAUCACGAGCAAAAAGCUAAGUUGAAGAAACGUCCCAAGGAUGUUGAGGAACUGGAGUACGUCAGCGAAGGUCAACCAGAAAAAGAGCACGAAGACCUUACGGAAAACGCUCCAGACGGUAACGGUGGAACCGAGGCACAAGGACAUGACCCCAAAGACUACGUCUUGCCUGAGAAAUACACUUACGGCGAAGGGGACGAAUACAACUUCUAA